CGCAGUCUUAUCGUCAUGCGACCACCUGCCAUCUUAAUCUCGUCCUUCUCGUCUGGCACACGAAGUUCCAUAAUUUCCUCUCGUGCCCUCUCGCGAUUCUUAUCCAGGUUUGAGCACGACAAUACCCUGACUCCUGUCCAAUUCGGAACUGCACGACAAAGUCUGGGAAGGGUGGUCCCAAAGAGCACUUGUGAACUUUUCCGGUACCGAAUGUCGUCUGCCAAAGUCUAACCGGCGUGCCCAGCGACAAUGCUUCUUCGCCUUCCCUUCCAACUGCUGCUAUGCAUCUCUGCUGGGGUGGACGGUCUACCUGUCGUCCAGAAGCGUGAUGCGGACUUUAUGAGCGUUCGCACGCGGCUGUCCAAGGAUCGCAGCGGCAAGGGCGGAGACCCAAAGGACAAGUACUUCCAUGAGUCCGUGUUUCAUCCUCACUACGAUGGCAGAUUUGCGGAUAGGGUCCUUACAAACGAAAAACGGUACAGCUACCUCACAUCGCUAAUGAAGACGUAUCUCUCGACGAUGAACGACAUUGGGGCAGAGACUUGGAUAAUGCACGGCUCGCUGCUGGGUUGGUGGUGGAAUCGCAAAAUCAUGCCCUGGGAUUCAGAUGUCGACGUUCAGAUAUCCGAGGGUUCGAUGCAUUAUCUGGCCAAAUACUACAAUAUGACCAUACAUCAUUUUAAGCUACCGGGUGUCGAGCAUGGGCGGGACUACCUGUUGGAGGUGAACCCACACUACCUCAAUCCCUCGACCUCAGACAAACUCAAUGUUAUCGACGCGCGGUGGAUAGACACAGAAAGCGGUCUUUUCAUCGAUAUCACCACGCUAAGGGUAGACCGUGACGCCCCACCAGACGGAGAUGUGCCGAAUAUGUAUUGCAAAGACAAGCACAGAUACAAGUAUAAGGAUAUUUUCCCUCUCCGCGAGAGCCAGUUCGAAGGAGUGCCCGUCAAGGUGCCAUACGCGUACACCGAACUUCUCGAGGAAGAGUACGGACCACAAUCGCUCACAAGCAAGCAUUUUGAAAACUAUUACUUCGAUGAGGAGGAGCAAAUGUGGUUACCUAACGGUUACCAUUUGCAAAAAUCCAAAUCUGGCGGGAAACCUUCCAAAGGCGGGUCCAAGGCCAGCAAGGAGAGCAUAAAGUCGUCCACUACUUUUGUGGACUAAAAUGAACUUAGUCAUCAUUCUCACAGUAUUUUGAACGUGUGACUAUUGGCGCCUCCUGCUUCCAUGGAACGGUUCCAUCCCAUAUGGACGAAAAAUAAUACCCACCGGAUGUGAUCACGAAGCAUUUUGUUUGUUUCUGCGUUGAGAGCAUAGCAUUGGUGCAUUUCGGCCGGCGUUUAUUCUCUGCAUUGAGCGUUCAGUAAUCCGCUCAUGGACAUCGACAUAUCUCAUUUGUUAAGAAGUAGACCUGUAUAUAGCACGGAGAGCAUGUCUUUGGUUCUCGAUGUUAGGUCAGAACCCCUAUCACAGGGUGACGUCGAAUCCGUCGAAUCUGUCGACUAGUGGACUUGCGUCUACACACCGUAAAUCUAGCAAAGAGAAAGAAACACUUAAUCAAAAACAUGCGC